UCUUUCACCUUGUGGCCACGUGGUGGAGGGGUAUAAAAAAGCUCCCGUCAGCUUUCUGUACAUCAGUCGUCCUUAAGUCUUCAUUCUUUGAACUUCGUCUUUGCUUUUAGUCCUAUUUGAUUCCCUGCAAUUUUAUCAAUCGUCUGACAAGUACUGCAAGAAAAUGUUGUUUUCCGCUGUGUUACUGAUAUCCUGCAUGUGGACUUCAACAUUGGCUGGCAAUGAUUCCAGUGCUCUGAAUGCCACCCUAGCAAACGUUUCUACGAACUCUACCACUCGGAUCCCUUCAAUGAUUUUUUCUCACCUUCCGAAAGCCAUUCGUACCAAGGGCAAUCAUACUUUGCAUACAACAUCAAUUCCACAUUCAAAGGUAAAAGUCACCAGUGUUGAUGCCAAACAUAACAAAGUAAUGGCUGCAAAUACAACAACGACGAGCAAGUUGGACGCCACAACUCUGCCGGCAACAGUGCGCAAUUUGAAAAAUGGCGACCACCGCUCUAAUUCAAGUAGGUUGAUGGACCGAUUUGCCUCAAUUUCAAAGGUGUCUUUGGCGAGCUUGGCGUCAUCUAAAAUCAGCAACGCUGCGAAUAAAACGUCAACACCAAGAAAUGAACGGGCAUCUGUCAACAUAACUAUGGCUGAGUUGAAGAACGCCACCGAUCAGGCCAACAGGACCAUUGCAAAACGUUCAGUGCACAAUUCAACGGUGGUAGAUAGAGCUUCGUCGUUUUUCCAGAAACUACCCGUCGUGUUGGUAAAUACCACAUCCAAUGUCACAUCCUGGGUCAGAAGCCUGUUCAGUCCUGCUAACAAUGCAUCAACGAACGCAACUACGAAAAAAGUCACCCGGGACACAAAUGCUGCUGAACUCAAGUCACUGGUUAACUCAUCUCAAACAAGCAAAUCGUCAGUUAAUUUGACGGUGGAAAGCAGGGAAAAAUCUAGUAAUGCUAGUGGUGCCAAUGAAGACGAGAAAAGCGCUCUAGGCAACACGACUUCCAUACUAAAUCUGACGUCCGUCACGAUCAAGCGAGAUACCGGAAACCUGACUGCUGAUGUACCAUCAAAGAAGGAAAGUAAUUCAUCGUUGGCUAAUGCUACUAAUGACGAGAUCAAGCGCGAUACCGAAAAUUCUGAAGGCUCUUUGCAUCGAUUAAACGUUACGUCGUUGCCCCAAGUCGCCGUUGACGAUGUACUUCCUUCCACGAAGCUCAACGAUGAAACUUCAGAAGCAAUGGCGAACGCCUCACUGGUCUCGAAAUCAUUAGAUUUAUCCAACAAUCGUACCCGACGUCAUAAUAACCCCUUUCGCUACGGAAGGCCUGCCCCACCGCAGUACAUGAUGCCCAUUACUACUACGCCAGCUCCUAGUUAUCAAGGCUACCCUACUUCUGCACCCUACAGACCUGCUGCCCCUGUUUAUGGAAAGGCUCCAGCCGCCCCAGUCUAUGGAAUGACUCCUACGACUGCUGCUCCUUCCUACGGAAUGGCUCCUGCCGGCCCCGGCUAUGGCAUGACUCCUACCACUGCUGUCCCUGCAUAUGGAAUGGCUCCUGCUGCUGCCCCUGUCGCCCCUGUUUACGGAAUGGCUCCGGCUUCCCCUUCCACCCCUGUUUACGGAAUGGGUCCGGCUUCCCCUUCCGCUUCUGCUUAUGGAAUGGCUCCGGCUUCCCCUUCGGCCCCUGCUUACGGAAUGGCUCCGGCUGCCCCUUCGGCCCCUGCUUACGGAAUGGCUCCGGCUGCCCCUUCGGCCCCUGCUUACGGAAUGGCUCCGGCUGCCCCUUCGGCCCCUGCUUACGGAAUGGCUCCGGCUGCCCCUUCGGCCCCUGCUUACGGAAUGGCUCCGGCUGCCCCUUCGGCCUCUGCUUACGGAAUGGCUCCGGCCCCUGCUUACGGAAUGGCUCCGGCUGCCCCUCCGGCCCCUGCUUACGGAAUGGCUCCGGCUUCCCCUCCGGCCCCUGCUUACGGAAUGGCUCCGGCUGCCCCUCCGGCCCCUGCUUACGGAAUGGCUCCGGCUUCCCCUCCGGCCCCUGCUUACGGAAUGGCUCCGGCUGCCCCUCCGGCCCCUGCUUACGGAAUGGCUCCGGCUUCCCCUCCGGCCCCUGCUUACGGAUCGGCUCCGGCUGCCCCUUCGGCCCCUGCUUACGGAAUGGCUCCGGCUGCCCCUUCGGCCCCUGCUUACGGAAUGGCUGCCACUACACCUAGCUAUGGCAUGCAGACAGAAUCUUAUUACACUGCUCCCCAACCAACGUACACUACUAGUGCACCGUAUAGCGCGCAGUCAACCAUUGCUCCUUAUGCACCCGUCCCUGUUAGUUCUGCUGCGCAGCCCUAUGGUGGUUCAAUGCCCUCUCGUCCGUCAGCCACUGCGUCACCGUGGUUUUAAUUUAAUUGUAGUAGAAGCAGAUAACACGGUUCCCAACUGCAUUUGACUUUCGGUGUACAGUUUUAUUAAUUUUUCUUCCUACUUUCAAUUAAUAUUAUUAUAUGGAAAUGGUAAUGAUGCGAACGGUUUUAUGCGAAGGUUUAGAGGCGAAUUUCAAAAUAUACAAUACUUCUUAAUAA